CCGAGCUCAACUCUUUCCUCGUCUUCCUCUUCUUCUUCAUCCUCGCUCAGCAUCGUACUAUCCCUCUUCGUUAUCCACUCGUUUGCGCAUCGACUGUUUGUCAUCCACAGCAGCCACAGUCUCCUAAUCAUCCUCGACAUCGGGACCCUCUUACGCUCGCACUUGACGGCCGAGCGGGGUCGUCGUUCCGCACUUCCCUGUGGAACCCGUCGCCAUAACUACAUAACCCUCCUCGCACCCAUUCUCAGCAUUUACCUCUCUCCCUCCUCAUCGUGCAAUCAACCUCUCCACUUUAGACACGACCAUGCCCCGGCGCCAGUCCCAUUCCCUCCAUCCUCUUCCGCGCAGCCUGACGUCACGCACCCCCACGCGGCGCCGCGGCGUGUUCGCAGACGCGUGGCCUCGUCUUGAUCGCGUGCAGGAGCUCGGCGAAAAUGGCGAGGGACAUUCUGGAUGCGUCAACGCGCUCAGCUGGUCCGAUGAUGGCGCUACACUCCUCACCGGCUCGGACGACCAGCGCAUCUGCAUUUGGACACCAGACACGCGCAGAGAUGCACCCGCCGCACAGCUCUCUCCGCAUCCUCUCAAGCACUCGGGCACCAUCCUCACCGGACACCGAGCCAACAUCUUCUCCUGCCGCUUCCUCCCAAACUCGAGUACGCCGACCAUUGUGUCCUGCGCCGGCGACGGCGAUAUUAGGGUUUUUGAGGUUGAGCGUUUGCGGCCCGCCGAGGGAAUGUCCUUGCCGUUCGUCCGCCGGGUGCGGGGGGCGCUUUGGGGAGUCGACGGACCAGGCGUGCGCGUGCUCGAAUGUCACCGCGACCGAACCAAGAGGAUUGCUACUGAGGCAAGCCCCUUUCUUUUCUUAUCAGUCUCCGAGGACGGGACGGUGCGGCAACACGAUUUGCGUCGCCCCCAUGCGUGCAGGGAAGAGUGUCCUCCUCCAUUGUUUCGAGCACCGCCUCAGGUGGACCUCUACUCGCUGAGUGUAUCGCCUCUGACGCCCCACCUUUUCGCCGUUGCCGGCCAGACCGACUGCGCGUACAUCUGUGAUCGGCGGAAACCUGAGCACCAGACACCUAGCUGGGGAAAACAUACCAGGCGUGCGGAACAGGUCACUUGCGUUCGCCGUCUCGCCCUGCCACAGGCCGAGUGGGAGAGCGUGGAGCGCAGGAAUGCCGCGUUUCAUGAGCGGCACAUAACGUGUGUGAAGAUGAGCGCCGAUCACGCAGGCGAGGUCAUCUGCGCGUUUGCCCGCCAUUCAACAUCGCUAUUCUCGUUGAAUGACUCUCCGGCCGAGUCGAGUGCACGUGUGCACCACGGUAGCGUCGUGCCCCCCAACCCCGAGUCAAACACUCACAAGGCGGAGAGAAAGCGGGAUGGAAUGAACGGUGCGGAAGGGAGAGGCCCGGGAGACGAGGAGGACCGGCAUACAGGCGAGGGGCCAGGCGAGCGGCUUAACAUAGCGCUUUCUGGGUCUAGAGUGAGACAUGGUGUGCCCAAGCGUCGCAUCUCCUCCGUCUCGCAUCCUGAGUCGCGUGCUGGUAGCGGAUCGCGACCGCGUACAGAGAGGACGGAGCCAGACGAUGAGAUGGCGCCGAGGUUGGCUCGCUUCCUGCGCAGUCCGCCCCCUUCCCCUCCGAUCGAAGAUGCGCGCUCUCCAAGGUCAGAACGGCCGAGGGAUCGUCGCCCGCUGGGUACCGAGUGGGAAGAAGGACCAGACGAGGUGCUCGACUUGGCAAAUUUCAUCCGCGAGUCGGAGGAGGGUUCGGAGGACGAGCUUGACGCUAUCAUGACAGGCGUCGACGGCGCGAGGGAUCUGCUUGCAAGCAUGGCAAUGGAGCUCGACGAUGACGAAGAGAUGUCGGAGAGUGACACGGAGACGAGCGAUGAUGGCUGGCCUACCGAGAACGAUUCGUCCGACGGCUCGGAGCUCAAUGUCCGAAACGGCGCGCCUAGCUCCGAAGGCGAGUUUAGGGGUGUGGACGUGCUGUAUCCGCGCCGCAGCUACCGGGGCGCACGCAACAUUGAUACAGUCAAGGAUUGCAACUUUUUGGGCGACAGCAGCGAUAAGGUUGCAUCGGGGAGUGACGACGGCAAUUGGUUUGUCUGGGACAAGGAAACCGGGCGGCUAGCCGGCAUCUGGUGGGCAGACAGCGACAUUGUUAAUGUGAUGGAGCAGCACCCUACCCUUCCAGUUGUCGCCGUAAGCGGGAUUGACAACACAGUCAAGAUGUUCGCGCCAGUGACACGCCACCCUAAUCCCUCCUUUAACCGAACGUCCGACGCGGACGCAAUCAUUGAGCGCAACCUGGCGCGCUCGGCACCCAGGCCCUCGAGCAUCUUCGCGGAUGUGAGCGCCGUACAGAUGCUCGUCACUAUGCUGCGAAGCCAGCAAGGCGGGGAACCCCGCGAGGCUGUCCUCGACCUGUUUCGUUCUUUGGGGGUCGUGCGCGUCGAGGGAGGGAGCGAUGGCGACCACGACGGAGACGACGAAGGUGACGAUGACGAUGAGGACGAUGAGGACGAGAAUGACGACGAGGGCGAGUCUGAGGCCUAAGGUCGCCCACAAAACGACUGUGACUCAAAGGAGGAGGCGUGAGCUCAAAGGUGUGAUGCCGCAGAGGGUCGUUGGGGAGCCAGCCAUCUUGGCGCGGCAUUCCUUGCACCUGCCUUACUCCGAGCAUGUACUCAAUGUGCAACUGUG